UACAUCAUAAGAAUAACUUUCCAACAUGGCGUCGGGUGUAACGGCAGCGAUGGAAUCAGAGGACCCGACAGCCCAUCAUCCUGGAUUCAGCAAUGACAAAUACUCGAUGUUGAUUGUGAUCGGUGCGCUCUAUAGACCGCAUAUACUGGACUAUAUUGUGGUGGAGAUUGAACGAGGUGUUCGUGCAUGGGAUGUGGACUUGGCAGUGUGUAACUUGGAUGAGCAGCUGAAGCUCUUUACUUCUCAGCAUUCUUCAUAUGAAUCAAAAGACAUUAGAGGUCAGAAGACAUUUCAUUUCAGUUCAGAUGUACUGGACAUUAAAGUUGUAGUAAAUCCAUCUGAAGGGUUUCUCUACUCUGAGGUCCACAGCUUGAUAUCAUCCAUACCUCGGCACAAAUUGCUGGUGCUCACGGGACAGUCUCUUGAGGACUCUGGAGAUCUGGUCCUUCAGACGGGGCAGUUCACUCCAAAUGAUUUCAUCCAGAUAAUUUCAGAUGAAGAGAUUCAAGCUCUCUUAAACUCUGUAAGCACACAUGGCAAAGCAAACCUCACUUUAAGCUGCCCUAAAACUGGAAAAUGGAAAAACUCGGUGCUAGGGAAGCACAACAUACAUAACAUUAUCGACAUUAAGGUGAAUCCUCUAAUGGUACUACCCAAAAUGGGGGGCCUUCAAGAGUUCACCGACCACAUUUUUGAGUCCAUAGAGCCACAGUCUCCAUUUGAUCUCUUAGAGCCACCUGGCACAGUAGGAUUUCUCAAGCUAUGUCGUCCGUGCUGUUAUGUCUUUCCAGGCGGGAGAGGUGACUGUGCCUUUUUUGCUGUCAAUGGGUUCAAUAUUUUGGUAAAUGGUGGAGCAGAUCCACGCUCUUGCUUCUGGAAACUUGUCAGGCAUUUGGAUCGUGUUGACUCAGUGCUGCUUACACAUGUUGGAACAGACAACCUGCCAGGAGUUAACAGCCUGUUGGAGAGGAAGGUCGCAGAGCUUGAGGAAAACAAAACUGACUCACAGGAAAAGGAGCAAUGGGCAAAGAAUCUAAUCUCUCCAGAGCUUGGUGUGGUUUUCCUAAAUGCCCCAAACAGACUUAAAAAACUUCAGGGUGAUCCUAAUGUACUACGAAGCAGUGAUAUAGCAGCACUUAUUUUACAGCAUUUGGAAAAACUAAAGAUCUCACCUGAACCGCUUUUUCGCAAUUCAAGUGGCUCCAUAGAACCAGUUAUUCUUUUCCAGAAAAUGGGAGUGGGAUGCCUUGAGCUUUACAUCCUAAAUCCAGUCAAACGUAGCAAAGAAGUAGAGUCUUACAUGAAUAACUGGCCAGAUAAUAGUUCCAAAUCAAAGAGUUUAGAUGGCCACCUAACCUCUUUGGUCUCUAUAUGUGCUUUGCUUGUUUGGCAUCCUGCUAACCCAAUGGAGAAAAUCAUUAGAGUUCUCUUCCCUGGCUCUACACCACAAGGAAAGAUAAUGGAUGGUCUGGAGAGACUGAAGCAUCUAGAGUUUCUCAAGCGCCCUGUAGUGUGCUCAAAAGAUUUUGAAACAUCAAAAUCAGAUAAGAAUCCAAAAGGUGCAGAGAGUCAGGACAGUUCCAAAUCUGUCAAAAAUGAAUCCAGACCAAGUAAUGGUGCUUCAAAAGACCGAGCUGAUCGUGGAGAUCUAGAGCUAAAAGACAAAACCAAAGGCGUGCAUGGGAAUGAUCUGAAAAGUGAAGAAAAGUUGAAAUCUGUAGAAAGCAAUGUGAAACAUAAACACCCCAGACUAGUUACAAGGAAGGAGUCUUUGAAGGACAAGAGCAAUGGAAAAAUAAACAUAUCAGAAUCAAAAAAACAAGAAAAUGGACAAAGAGAAAUGUCAGGUAGCAAAAAUGCUUCAAUGAGAAGACCAAAGUUAGAGAGCAAAUCCGAAGAGAGAAAAGCAACAAAGCCUCUUGGGAAAGAUAUCAAGAAAACCUCUGCAGGAUCACUGAACUCAAACAAGCCUGGAAACAUAAAAAACGAAGCAAAAUUACACAAACAGGCUGAGGACAAACCCAAAAAUUUUAAAUCUAACAAGGAGCAGCAGAAUCAGAAGUUGUCAACAGACUCAGAAGACAUAAAUUGCUCCAUUGUGUCUUCACCAGAAGAUAUGACGGCAGAUUUUCUGGAAAUGGAUCGAGAACAACAUGAUUUACUUGUGAAGAGGCAAACUGUUGACUUUGGGAACCUAAAAAAUAUCUCAACAGGUAAUGUGCAGUCUAUGUGUAGUAGCAUAGUAAACCCUAGCAAGUCCGGAGCAUCUGCAAGACCCUUUGUCAAAAUAAAAAAUGAGCUCUGUGUGAAUCUAGACCUCACUCCCACUGAGUAUACUUUGCUUGAUGGGGCUUUGAAAGAUGGGCAUGAGGAAGUUUGUGUCAGUCCCGAUGAAAAGACGUUAGAGCUUACAUCUCCUAGAUCACGUCCAAAUAGUGCUGGUCAUACUCCUUAUCACUUGUCACCUGAGGAGACCUGGGCCUCAAAAGAUCAUAGUAGUUUUGGCGUUAAGAUGUGUCUUGGUUCAGAGAGCCAGCAGAUGGGAUUGUCCAAGUUUUCAGAGUCCGGAUUGCCUAAAAGUAACCAAGAAAGUAUCUCAACUUCCUCCAAAGAGAAGCAUUCAAGUUUCCUGUCUCUCAGCUCUUUCAAGGAUAUAAUGCCUGACAUAUCUCCCACUGUUACCACCACCACACACUCAAUGCCUGCAGAAGUAAGUUCACCACAGUCCACUGAGGUUGAUGAAUCAUUGUCGAUGUCUUUUGAACAAGUGCUGCCAACAGUAAGCGAGUCCACCAACGAAGACGAAACAUCUUACUCAAAUGGACACCAUGUCAAUUCUGAUUUCAAAGUUGGAAUGUCUCUGUCUUUAAAGAAGCCUCACACCCAGAGGCCACCUCAUGAUGGCCCGGAAGGGUGUUCAUCUGGACCGCAUUGUCUAGUAUUUGAUGGUACCCACGAUGUUGACCUUUGCUUGGUCUCUCCAUGCGAGUUCAAACAUUUCAAGCCGGUUGGCGAUCAAGAGGAUCCACUGUCACUAGGUUUAAGUAACACCAGCCCAUUGAACCUUUCUGAUGAUAGUGACCACUCCCAAGAUGUAGCCAAGCCCCUUCCACCUUCAUGUUCAGGUAACAAGGCUACUCAUCCAGCUCAGGAGACCCCUCUCACUUCUGCCAGUGACUAUUUUUUCAUGGCAACAGACUCAGAUGUACAUACUGGUGUAGAGGAUUGCCCAUCCAUCACUGCAGACGGUAUUCUGGAUUCUGAUGAAGAAGGGGUUGUGAACCCGCAAUCCCAAAACCUAAAUGAUGUGAAUUCUUGCAGAGUGAAUCAUCCUUUACCGAAGGAUCCCCCACCCGCACCUCUGAAAGACUUACCUCCUCUUCCACCUCAGCCUGGUGCUUGUAUGCCUGAUCCUGUCAGCAACAUAAAGCCUGGUGCAACAAAAGGCAGAAAAGCAGGAAGAGUUACACAGAGGUUAACGUCUUCUAGUGUUUUAACACAAGGCACAAAAACCAGGGCUGACAGUCAAGGUACUUCUGUUAGCGGCUCAAGAAGCAGCUCAGCAGGAGACAUAAUGGGUAGUCGUAGCACAGGCUCUGCUUCUAAACGGUCAACAACAGCAGGUAGCAAGGUUGGUGCUUCAGUAUACUUGGACCUGGCUUAUCUUCCAUCGGGCCAUGGAGCUUCCACUGUUGAUGUUGAGUUUUUCUGUCGCUUGCGAUCAUCCUGUUACAUAAUGAGUGGAGAUGACACACUCAAAGAAAGCUUGAUGAGGUCCAUUCUGGAUGCAUUAUUGGAGGGAAAAUCUGUAUGGCCGGAGGAUGUGCCGGUGACCCUGAUUCCCACAUUUGAAUCACUGAUGAUGCAUGAGUGGUACCGGGAAACUCAAGAAAAACAACGGCAACUGGGCAUUACAGUCCUAGGCAGCAACAGCACUGUGGCGAUGCAGGAUGAAACAUUCCCUGCUUGUAAAGUAGAGUUCUGCUAGAUGGAUAGGGAUGACACAUGCUUUACAUUUUCCAUCUGUGCAUCCCAUGCUUAUUUAAAGGGACACAUACACAAAUUUCACCACCAUAGAUUCAUAUGUACAGUUAUGUUCUCGGCAGAUGCUUCACCAAACAACUUAUUUUGUGUUCGUGAAGGAUUCCUAAGCAGUUAGCUAAGGACUAAAAGACACAGUAAAAUCACAAGUAUUAAAUCAACACCUAUGUAUUUACUCUAGGAGUAUAAUUGCACUGGUUUGUUAUUAAGAAGAGUAUUUAAUAGAUUCUCACUAUUCAAAAAUAGAUAGUAAUAAUUAAAUACUGCAAACUUUAACAUAAUCCCCAGAGUUCAGAUCUUUCUAUAGAACACACUUCUUUGGAAAAUGCAUUAUUUUGCAUUGCAUUAGUUUAUGCGGGUGACUGAGGUAGAGAAUUGCAUUGAUUAUGCCAUUGUGCAUGAAGACCAUUGCAUUGCUCUGAAAAGGAUAGUAUGAUACCAUUUUCCAGUCCCUUUUACUGUAUGAGGACUGGUAGCUUCACGCCAAUUCACACAGAUAUGAAUGUACUGCACUAUAAUAGAAAAUCACUAUGAAAUCUUUAUAAAUAUGACGGCAUGUAAGUGAAGAUUUCAGUUCAUCCCGUUUGGAAAUGUGAAAAGUAGAAGUGGCAACUGUGACACCAAGUAUAAAUUGUAACUACAGUUCAGAGCCUCUGAUAUCUUCUUUAUGCCUACAGUGCUUCUGAUACUGAGUGCUGAUGUAGUGCUCCUUUAUUUUUUUAGAUGCAUCUCCUUAAUUCAGCACUAUAAAUAGAAUGUCUGGUAGGUUUGUGGGGCACAGAAUAAUUUUUAAUUCAUGCAUUGCUACAAUCAUGGAAAGUGUGUAAUAUAGGCUUCUUAUAUGUAUUAAUUAAUAUGAAGUAUACUAAUUAAAACAUUUAAAUGUCAUUGUAAAUACUUUGCUGAUUCCUCGUCAGUGUGCUAGGAUAAAACAAUCACACAAUGCACAGACAUCAUUUGUGGAAAAGAUUGCUAAAUGUUGAGAGAAACAAAUUUCAGGUAAUACUGUAAAGUAUCAAUAAAAAUGGUUGAAUAUAAUUAAAUUGGACUAUCCCAGAUAGCAAGCAAUCAUUU